AUGUCAACCCCUGAUCCCACACGCUACUGCUUGUGUCAGCAAGUAGAUGGCGCUGGGAUUAUGAUUGAAUGCAUCCGUGGGUCUGGUGGCUGUCAUGGAUGGGUGCAUCCAAGCUGUUGUGGACUCAUUUUGACUCAAAAAGAACUCGAGGCAUUGGAUGCCUAUGUCUGUCCUCUCUGUGAGAAGCCCGACGAUGACUUUACAGCCUUAAGAGCCUUCAAUACGAGCCUCGCGAACCGCCAGGCCAAGCGUCAGCGUCAUCAGCAGCGCGUCAAACCCGUGAAGAACCCAUGGGUUUGUCUGACCUGUCAACAUCCAAAUCGUGACCGGCGGACGCGGGAAUGUGAAGUGUGCCACACGAAACGUAUCGUACCACAUUAUAAACAGAAAAAACCUCCCGAAGAUGAUGAAGAGACGGCGCGAGUCUUGGCACAAGAUGAACGACGUCAUAGUAAACGAGCUGCUAAUAAAAAGCGGAAAUCAUAUCAUGUUCCCAACUCGGAUGAAGAUCUUGGUACAUCAGAUGAUGACGAGUACAAGAAGAAGAAGACGAAGAAAUACAAGAAAUACACGAAACGAGAUGAUGAAAGUGAGUCGGAUGAGGCGGAAUAUCAAGUCGAUAAACUACCACAUCAAUUCAAGAUGGAAACUAGCCAAGCACAGACAUCAGCGAUGGCCACACCGACGAUGAUUAUUGACAAGAUUAUGGGGAUGAGAAAUCAACGAGAAGACGUCGAAUCAAAAGCACGUCCUGUAGCUGUAGCUACCGACUUGAUGAGUUCGAAUUUGUUUACGAAUCGUCCGACAAAGACGACAAUUGUCGAGUAUCUAAUCAAAUGGAAAGGAUUUGCAUACAUGCAUGCAACGUGGGAGACAGAACAAGUGCUGCUGGAGAUGGAUCCAUUGACGAACAAGCAAAAGAUCAAGAGGUUCCAUGAGAAGGAACAACUUCGACUACAUCAACCACAUCGACAAGCUGGAAACUUGAAUGGGGACUCGAUGGCAGUGGAUGAACUUGAGUACUUUAAUCCCGAGUACUUGGAGAUCCAUCGUAUUGUUGCUCAUCGACAAGAUCCACCGAUGCUUGCUGAUGCCAACUUUCCCGAUGCACCGAUUGAUGAUGGUAUGCGUUACUACAUUAAAUGGCGUGUCUUGUCGUAUACGGAAGCGACAUGGGAACGUGCAUGUGACAUCAAGGACGAUGCUGCUCUUCUUAAAUAUAAGGCGACCAUUGUUGUUCCUGAUGAGGAGGUAUGGAAGCCAAAACCGCGACCAAGCAUUCGUGAAUAUCGCAAACUGGAGGCAUCCCCCUUGUUUGGGGAAGACCAGUCACUAUCACUUCGUGCGUAUCAGCUAGAAGGUCUGAAUUGGUUGCUUUGGAAUUGGUACAACGAGCGGCCAAGUAUCUUGGCCGACGAAAUGGGAUUGGGCAAGACCAUUCAGACACUCUCUUUCUUGAACCAUCUUCGCGAUGACCCUAAGAUCCGAAUUCGCGGGCCAUUUUUGAUCGUGGCGCCACUGUCGCUGAUUGUGCAGUGGCAAAACGAGUGUGAAAUGUGGACAACGAUGAACUGUGUCGUGUACCACGGCAACACCGCCUCCCGAGAAAUUAUUCGCGAUUACGAGUUUUACUAUUUGGAUGAUAAACUGCGUCCCGACAAGAAGAAACCCUACCGCUUUAAUAUUGUUGUGACAACGUACGAAGUGGCGAUAAAGGACAUUGCUGUCCUCUCGAAAAUUCACUGGCGCUGCCUUGUAGUUGACGAAGCACACCGACUAAAAAACCAAUCCUCGCGGCUUGUCGAGCAAAUGCGUUCUCUGCGCCGUGAUCACUGCGUGCUUCUUACGGGCACUCCUUUACAAAACAAGACAGAAGAGUUAUGGGCGCUGCUAAACUUCUUGGAUGGAAAAUCAUUUCCAACUGUUUCUGAUUUCCUUGCUAAGUUUGGUGACCUUCGUGAGGCCCAGCAAGUGGCAGACUUGCACAAGAUGCUAAAGCCGUACCUACUUCGUCGAGUAAAGGAAGACGUUGAAAAGUCAUUGCCCCCUAAGGAGGAGACCAUUGUUGAAGUGGAACUUACACCGGUUCAAAAACAAUGGUAUCGUGCAAUCUACGAGAGAAACACGGCGUUUUUGAACCGCGGCGGAAAUCCCCGCAAUGUUCCUAAUCUGAUGAACGUCAUGAUGGAGCUUCGCAAAUGUUGCAACCACCCAUAUUUGAAUAACGGGGUGGAGGACAUUUUAAACGAAGGAUUGACGACGGACGCACAACGUCAUGAGAUGAUGGUAAAGUGUUGCGGCAAGAUGGUGUUAAUCGAUAAGUUGCUGCCGCGAUUGAAUGACGGAGGACACAAAGUGCUCAUCUUUAGCCAAAUGGUCCGUGUGUUGGACAUUAUCGAAGACUAUCUACGCUACUGUGGGCAUCUGUACGAAAGGCUGGAUGGUAACAUUCGUGGCAAUGACCGCCAAGCUGCGGUUGACCGCUUUGUCAAACCCGAGUAUAAGCGAUUUGUGAUGCUGUUGUCGACCAAGGCUGGUGGUUUAGGAUUGAAUUUAACAGCUGCAGAUACGGUCAUUAUUUUCGAUAGCGACUGGAAUCCUCAGAAUGACCUGCAAGCACAAGCUCGUGCUCAUCGUAUCGGCCAGACACAUUCGGUGAAGAUUUAUCGUUUAAUUACUCGUAAAACCUACGAGAUGCAUAUGUUUCACAAAGCCUCCCUGAAACUUGGAUUAGACAAAGCCGUGCUUACGCACAUGCGUCGUGAAAACGAAGAAGAGGGCGGCAAAAAACGAAACAAGAGCGCCAGGGCACAAGAAUCUAAGGAGAUCGAUGAUUUGCUGAAACGUGGUGCGUACGAUGUGUUCCGCGACGAUGAUACCGCUGGCGAACAAUUUUGUGCAUUAGACAUCGACCAGAUCUUACAGCGCUCGUCACAGGUUAUACAGUACACUGAGCAGGCGCAGUCAAGCUUUUCAAAAGCAAGUUUUGUAUCAGCCACUACCUCGGACGAUGUGGAUCUCGACGAUCCUGAUUUCUGGAAGAAAGCUGUGGGUCUUACAGAGCCAGACCCAGUGGAAACCGAAAUCUUGUUGCCGCAUCAACGCAAGCGAACUCGUGUUGCGCGCUUCGGCGACGGAGGCAAUUUCUCUGACGGCAGUAUAUCCGAUGACGAAUAUGAGCAAGAAAAGCGUGAGAGAGAAAAGGAAGAACGCGAACGGCUUGAGGAGAAAAGUGCACCCCGAGAGUGGACACAAAAUGGACGUGAUCGCUUGCAGCGUGCGCUAAUGCACUAUGGUUUUGGUCGCUGGGAGGUUAUUCGAAGCCAGAGCGGCGGUAGUCGUUCUGUGAAGGAAGUGGAACGCUUUGCGCGCGGGUUUAUCUAUGUCUCGGGCCUGUCUUGUGAUCAGCGUAAAGAUGAUUCAACGUUUGUGAAGGCGUCAAUUCACGCAGCGACGUUCGCUCAAACGGAAAAUCUUGUUGAUGAAGAGGAACUGUCAACAGUUCUGAAGGAAGAGGACUUUAUGCUUAAAUUAAAGCAAGGUGGCGGUCGACGGGUGCUGGUUCGACUGGAUAUGCUUCAAAGACUUCAGCAUCUGGUUACUACUGCUUGUGAUAUGUGUGACAAGAUUUAUGGAGAUACUGAUGAUAGCUCAAAGUCGAAACCCAAACCGACUGCUAGUAUUGAUGACCGUGCUAGAUACUACGGUGCGGAUAAGCUAGUACCGCAUAUCGAGUUAGUUGACUUAGGAGAGCGACCAGCAUGGACACAAAUUACGCCAUGGUGGAAUGAAAAUGCUGACCGGAACUUGCUGAUGGGUGUUUUUCUUCAUGGAUACGGCCGUUGCGCCCAAAUCCUGGCAGACCCGCGGCUGUAUUUUGCACGCUUAGAGAAAGCUGCUCAAGAUCAAGUUGAAGUGAGUAACAUGAGCCAAUCCGGUAUGACAAGUGCAUUUCGGCUGGCCGUGGAUCCGGUUAGAAUGGAAAGCGCCACAGCUGCAGAUGGAGGUGACGACGCAGAUAUGAGUGAUGUUGAUUCGGAGAGUGCGACAGGCUCUGUUAUCGAUGACAGUAGUAAUAUGUUUACGCAAGUGAAGACCGAAGCUGGCGCAGCUGAAAGUAAAGUGUUAGCAGCUGCUUAUUCAUUUAAGCAGCCUGAGGUUCAGCAUAUGAACCGCUUGUUGAGUUGGCUGCUGUCUGCGGAGGAGACUAAGCGGCGCCACGAAAAGGACCGAUACAAGAAGGAGCGCGCAGCUAUUGAACAAAGGCGACAAGUUGGCCACGAAAUGCGAGCGCGUUCUUUAGCUUUGCGUCGGCUGGAGCUAAAGGCCAUGCAGCUUGCGCAGGUAGACAUUCUCCGGCACAUGACAGUACUGCACAAUGCUCGCCAACUUCCGGAUGCCACAUUGUUCGCUACUCCACAGCACCGCAUGAAAAAUACAGAUUGGACCAAGGAGGAGCGUCGCUCAUUUGCGUACAUGAUGGCACUCCAUGGCGCGCCGCGAAUCUUAGCAAAACGUGCCGUAAUUGCUCCGGAUGGUAGACCAACCCCGUCGGUGUUUCCCUUCGUGACGGAGCAAGCGCGCGAAUUUUCAUGGGCGACGGAUAGCAUUUCGUGGCGCAACAUUGUGGAGUGGGGCAAUUUGAACAAGACUGCCACUCUCACACGAACCUUUUACGAGACAAAGUUUGCCCCCAAGUGUCGUGAGGUUGCACGUAUGCGGGCAGAUCCGCUGGGCUCAGACCAGCGUGCAGUGGCGUUGGGCGAUCUUAUUGGUAUCGAGUUUGUGGAUGCUUUCGAGGGUGUAUUGGCCCAUGGGCUGAAGGCUCGCAACACUGCUUGGGUAACAAUGCGGCGCACUCAAUUGCUUGAAGAUGUGCUAGACAUCUUAUCCACUAAACGAGACGCACUGGAGACUCUCCUUCGGUCUGGAAAGCACGGUUUGGUGGAGAAUAUGCCAGUGUGGUGGUGUCCAUGGAUUCACGACUUGGGUGUCUUUUACGGCAUGGCUCGCUAUGGUAUUUACGGCUGGGAACAUAUGAUGCUGGAUCGUCAGCUGCCAUUCCACCGUCAGGCACGAGAGCACCACAUUCGCACUGUGUUUUUGGAGGGUACGACUACCUUCCAUCCUCUGUACCGUCAUCACUUCGAGACGAUUGCAGAGAUGAAUGACUGGUUUCUACGUACCCUGAACGAGUUUCCGUCUCUUUCAGUCUUGGAGCGUAAGGUGGAGACGAUUUGCGCUGCUAUACUCGAAGAACAUGGAAAUGUCGCAGAGCGCUAUGUGGAGCCUGAAGACCGUCGCGAGUUUAGCCUGUCACCACCAGGGAACUGUUUUGAAAAACUGGUCUUGGCUCGUGUAAAGCAAGAGGAGGAAUUACUUCCUAGUAUCGAGCCUCUCCCAGCUAACUACACGCCAGGAGAGUCUGGAAAUGCUGGUCGUCCAGAAGCACUCGCUACGUUCUUAAAUGAAUCGCAAGGCCGUCGUGACGAGUAUUUACGUGUAGCUGAAGCAUUGAAUCCCAUCGGUUCUGCUACAUCCGCUUCUGCAGCUACAAGUAGCACAGUACCUACUCCUCUCGUCAAUGAUCAACAAGACCAACAAGAAGGUGAGGAUGAACAGCGACAGCAGACGUCGUCAUCGCAGAUUCCUAUUCAGAUGCUGGUUUCAUAG